AUGUGCACCCCGGGGCUAGGGCCGGCACCCGGGCCUGGACCAGGGCUCGGACAGGGGCUGCACCCUGGGCCAUACGCCGGCCACUUUUCGGCGCCGGUGACAGUGCUACUGGCUGUGCUCAUGGCACUGCUGGCGCUGGCCACCGUGCUGGGCAAUGCGCUGGUCGUGGUGGCCUUCGCUGUGGACCGUAGCCUGCGCUCCCGCGGCAACUUCUUUUUCCUUAACUUAGCGGUUGCGGACCUGCUGGUGGGCGGCUUCUGCAUCCCGCUGUACAUCCCGUACGUCCUGACCGGGAAGUGGAAGUUUGGGAAGGGACUGUGUAAACUGUGGCUGGUGACCGAUUAUCUGGUGUGCACCGCUUCGGUCUUCAACAUCGUCCUCAUCAGUUAUGACAGGUUCCUCUCUGUCACCAGGGCGGUGACUUACAGGGCUCAGAAGAACAUGACCAGAGAUGCCAUCUUAAAGAUGGUGCUGGUGUGGAUGGCAGCGUUCCUUCUCUAUGGGCCUGCCAUCAUUAGCUGGGAGUAUGUGGCCAAAAGAAGCAUCCUGCCCCGGGGUGAGUGCUAUGCUGAGUUCUGCUACAACUGGUACUUCCUGAUGACAGCCUCCAUCAUUGAAUUCUUCACCCCUUUCAUCAGCGUCACAUACUUCAAUCUGAGCAUCUAUAUCAACAUUCAGAAACGCACCUCCCUGAGGAAUAACAACUUUGCCCGUAGCCAAAAUGGCAUGGAAAUGAACUUCCAGGAGAGAGAAAAGAAACACGUAUUUUUUGUUAAACCAGCUGAGAGGAAUGGGAAGAAAAGGGACCAGGGCUUCUCCCUAAGGCACCAGGUUCUUUCCUCAGAGGUUCCUGAGACUCAGGAUUUACCACCUCUGGAGGUGGACCUUGGAACUAAAUCACAACAAGGCUGGCAGAACCACUGCAGAGUUAGCGAAAAUGUCUGCAACGUCCUGAGGCAACCAGAUCUCUCCAAUACCGUGGCCAGCUGCCUGCAGCUCUCCCGAGAUAAGCGAGUGGCCAAGUCUCUGGCCAUCAUCGUGUGUGUGUUUGGCCUGUGUUGGGCUCCCUACACCUUUCUCAUGAUCAUCCGAGCUGCUUGCCACGGCACAUGCGUCUGGCAUGUUUUCUAUGAGACAUUCUUCUGGCUCCUCUGGGUGAAUUCAGCUAUCAACCCUAUUCUGUACCCACUCUGCCACAUGAGUUUCAGAAAAGCAUUCAUCAAACUGUUGUGCCCUGGAAAGGCCAAGAUCCAUCCUCAUUUGUACACGUGACAGAAAGAUCUCUGGUAUCAGAUUGCCUAACCCCUUGUGUUUCAUAAAGGAAAGAUAGUCACAAACACUUCCCUAGGCCACGGUCAUCCUGAUCUUCACUUUAGUCUCUGCCACAAGAAAUCAUGGAACCCACAUAAAAAGAAGUCCCUGCAAGUACCUUUAAAAUGGUGCCUAUGGCGCCGGGCGCGCGUGUGUGCGU